UCCUUACAGUAGCUCAAACCCAUGGCACUUCGCAGUUUCUGCCGGUUUCGGGCUGAAAUAUAAAUUAUUCCCCCGGCAGAGCGUCUGUACUGAUGUCUCAAACGCUCCGAGAACAACACUCUUCCUGCUUCAGGUCUGGAACUGAAAUAGUUUUUAGAACAUUCGGAAACACUGAAAGAUGCAGCUCCUGUUGAAGCUGCUUUUCAUUUUGCAAACAGCAGUUCAAGGUGUUCCGUCCAUUGGUGAGGUGACUCAGCCACGUCUGAUCACUGCCUUGAGAGGAGAGUUAGUGUCAAUUAACUGUACAUUUAUAAUUUACAAUGGAAUUGAUGCUGACUGGGUCCAUGCUAAUUGGAAGAGGGAUCCACCAUCGGGGAAUAUUACCGCCUAUGAGAUGAAAAAACUGACCUGUGUUCCUAAUGUUCCUCUGGGUGGUCUCAAACUUUGUGCCAUACCGCUGAAGAUUGAAAAUGCUUCUUUUCAUCAUUCUGCUUAUAAAUAUAUCUGUGUGGUGAAAGUACCGAAUAUCUACCCUCCAUUAGAGAGAAAAGGACAAGGAACACAGAUACAAAUUUACGAACUGUCUGAAAUUUCCAUUAUGAAUGGUAGUUUGGUUGCUGGACAAAAGUCUGUCCUGACCUGCUCUGUCCAGGGAUUGUACUCUGAGAACAUCUCCUUUAUCUGGACCUGUAAUGGAACAAACAUGAUGACAAACAUCACUGUAUCAACCUUGGAAGGAAUUGUUAAUGGUAAAACUGUUGUCACCAGCCAAUUUCAGAUCAUCCCUCGAGUGACAGAUCAUGGAACUGUCUGUAUGUGUCAGAUAAAUCAUGUCAUUUUCAAACAGCCAGUAACAAAAAAGAUCAAACUAGAUGUUAUGUAUGGGCCACGAGAUCCAACAAUAACAUACAAGUUGAAAAACAAUGACAGUUACCAUCUCGGGACCAAUAGCAUCACUGUCCCCAAAAGUUCAUUUGUGGAACUGAGAUGCUCUGUGGAUAGUAAUCCAGUUGCCACGGUAACAUGGUUGAAGAAUUGGACAAACCACACUUCAACUGGAUCAAGCAGUUCAACGUUAACGAUGACACACUUCCAAUCUCAAGAUGCAGGAGUCUACUGGUGUGUAGCAAAUAACAGCUAUGGCUGGACAAAUGGUAGUGUUUCGUUGGUGGCUUUUCAGGGAGAUCAUUGGUUGCUUUACAUUGUAUCUUCACUCGUUGGUGUUAUUGGAUUUAUCAGUGUGGUAGCAAUAUACUUUUGUCUGAUCUGGAAGAGACAAUUGAAAGAUCCAGUUAAUGUAUCCAUUGAACCAAGCCCAAAAACCAUGAUCAGGAAUGAAAAUUGCAACACUGAAUCAGAUAUAAUAUAUGCAUUUGUCAAGAGAAAUAAUCUACCAAGCAAUCCAAAACAUGCAACAGCAGAUCAUGUCAAUGAAUACAGCGAUAUAGAACAGGAGGAAGAAGUGUCCUAUGCAGAUAUUGUCAUUCAUCAUCCAAGGCAACAAUGCUGCGACCAACAGCCCGAGCAAAUCAGUGAUGUAACAGGGAAAAAUAACAGGGGAGACUUCAAAUACUUGCAUGGUUCAUCUCCUCACAAAUAUGUUGAUGACAACUCUGAAUAUUCGGUCGUGCGAGUUUCACACCAGGGCUUGAGAACUGUUUGACUGUGCAGCAGAGAUAAGCUGUCCGAUAUAUUGUCACAUUGCUAACCAACCAUUUGGCAGUAUUCACAGGAAAGACUUGCUAAAGUGAAGAGAUUUGUUCAUGGAACAUCUGCAAACUGAAGGAUUGUGACUGAGCGGACAGGAACGCAAUCAAGUUGGUUCGCAAAGUUUCCUGUGAUUGUGUCAGGACUUUUCCAUUCACUUUUUUUUAAGUUAUUGGAAAACCAUCGAGGGCCCAGCAUUUUCGAACAUCUCCAGGCCCCAGCUGCAUAAUCCAAAUUUGUCUUUCCUACUCCUGCAACAUAAAGAAGCAUGGCAGCUGUUAGUACCCACAGUUCUCUGUGUACCUGACCCUUCCUCAUGUAUGGAAUAAGCUUUAAGUUUAUAUUUAAUUUUGAAAGCCCCAAAUUCAACUUUUCCGAAGUUUGGAGAUGCAUCUGCACAAAGCAUCAGAGCCAACUGGAAUCUGAUCUCAAUCAUCGUCCAUGGAUUUUUAUGGCUGGAGACACAGACAACAGUGAGAAGCCAGAAUCUCAGUUGUCUUUACUGCCCUGUUCAUGGUGUCCUAGGGACAAGAAAACAAAUGCAGUGCUAAGUUUACUGAGUUUAGCUAGCUCGGCAUACACCAAGGGUCAAAACCUAAACAGUUCAUCUGCUUCAGAAUCAGAAUGCACAGUCUACUUGUCAUUAGGCCAACAAUAUACUAAUGAGAAAACUUAACCUAUCUAAACAGCAGUAUCAUUGUACGUACGUAGGCAAAACAAAAAUCUACAUUGCACUGUUUGAAAGUACAAAGCUGCAGGUUAGCAAAACUGUAAAUAAAUUCAAUUCAUAAAUGAAACAAUGUAUUUUUCAUGGAAAUGUUCGUUCAAAAUGUUAUACGUGACUUUCAGCAACCAUGAAUACAUCAUAUGAAAUGUACAAUUUACAUUUGUUUCUCUUAUUUUUACUAAUGCAGAGUAGAUUCUGUUAUGUUACCACAAUCUGACACUUUAAAGCCAUUGUUCCUGUAAAUACAAGUGUUGUGUCAGAGUAGCUGUUUUGCAUAUUUGCAAAAGCUAAGGAACAGAUAAUAUCAUCCAAAUGUGACAUAUUUCAAAAAAACAAAUAAUUGCACUGAAGAUAUUGUAAAUAGUUAAGAAUGCUUAAGUUGGGUAGAAUUAAUUUAGCUGAUACCACACAGGGUUGUUCACUGCAACUUGAAAAUAUUUAUAAAAUUUUCAGAGAAGUUUUUGAAAGUGUGGGCCUUUCUAUUAAUGAACGUGAACUUAUGGAAUCUAAUCUUAAUGUUUACCUCAACCAUUGACAGCUUGUAAUAAACUGGAGAGAUUUUUUGGCAUCUUGAGAGAUUACAGGAUCUGAGAAUAUUGGAGGAUUUUAGAGCAGAGUCCUGGGUUUCAGGAGUACUGCCAAAAGUUUUUGUCACAUGAAAGAGUGGGUAGACUUUCCACAAGCUUGUGGGCAUUGAGUUAGGUCCUGCAACUUGGGGAAAGCCUAUUUGUAAAGGUAUGUUUGGAAGCAUUGAAGUGACAAUUAUGGAGGAAUGGAUCUGAAGAGUUUGAGAUCUAAACUGUAUUGGGUUGCUUUUGAACAAUAAGGUAAUCUUGAUAUGUUUGUGCCUGUUCAUUCUCUAACCUAUCUGUGACUGAUCUUGGAUUGUCAGGUAACCCCUCUCAUAACUUUUCACAUAAUUGACCAACUCCUACCUUCAAGCAGUAAGUGCAUUCUAAGUGCUUUUACUAUAACCUUUUUACUAAAUAUAGCUCUCCUAAAAUAUUGAAAAGUUAAUCUCUUAGAGGGAAUGUUUUAACUAAAAUUAGAGCUAAAAUAAUGAGGGCAAGGAGGAUAUGGGCAGCUGCCAAACAGGGAGUUUGCAAUAAAUCGCUCAUCUCCCAGUAAGGUACAAAUGACAAAGAAAAACCAUUGAAAAUCUUCUAACUUGAUAAAAUUUCAACAAAAUAAAUCAUGAGUGUGAUUAAUCUAAAUGUAUAAAGAUAAAAAUUGCAAAAUUCCAGGCAAAUUCAGCUUCAGGUUUUUUUUAAGUAAGUUCGUAAAUUCUACAAGUUCUGAAAGGCCUGCUUUUGUAUACAUUUUAAGGUAUCUAUGAAAAACCAUGGAAAAUUGUAAAUUGUCCACAGUGUGCACAGUAACAUUGUUCAGCUGUUCUGGAAGAAGUAAUGCAGUCACAGUUUAAAUCUUUGAGACUGGUAUUGAUUUAGAAAACUUUAACAAAGAUAUUAAAAUAUGGAAGGUAGCUGAUUUGAUAAAUGCAGUCAUGUUAUAAUGAAGUAUUACAUGUUUUUAUUUUUUGUUUUGUUUGAAACCUUAUUUUGGAACUUUGGUCACAACAAAAAAUAUUUCAAGUUAUUUGAUUGUAUUUACUGUUUCAGUUCUUUUGUUUAAAAAGGAAGAUUUGCAUUUAAUAUAACUAAUGGAUAAAUUAUUCUGACUGGUUAUUCAGUACUGGCUAUUAAUUUGAUGCUUUUAAUAUAGUUAAUCAAGGGAGUGUGACAUUGGAAGUGUAGCAGUGAAAGUGUGAUGGUGAAAACGAGAUGGUGAAAGUGUGAUGGAGAAAAUGUGAAUGCAUCAAAAAAUGUGGUUUCUUACAGGAAGUAAGGGCUGAAUGGUAGGAAAUACAACAGAUAUAAGAUUUUGUGAUCAAAUCAUUGGCAUCAUGAAAUGGUAGAGCACUGGGGGAGACCGUCAUUAAUCCAUCAUUGAAACUACUAUCUACUUAGACCCAUCUCCCUACACCUUACCUAUUGUCCUGCAACUUGUAAGGUUAAAGGAAUUGCAAUUAUUUCCCUCUCUUACGUUUAAUGUCUGCUUAGUUAAUAAGUUUGCUUCAAGAUGAUAAAAGUCUGUGAACUACUUUAAAAUCUAAUAUCACCGAUAAAUUGUAGUCAGCUGAUAACAAUAAUUUAAACAUGAAAAACUUUAAUAAAGACAAUGAAAGUU